AUGCCUAAUCCUCAAAUAUAUCCUAACAAUCCCAUGAGUCAAUCGGUCCCUCCAUUUCAAUUUUCAUCCCAAGGGCAUCCACCUCAGGGGUUUCAGCUAUACGGCUAUCCCCCGAGUUGGUAUCCCCCGCCAGGGUUUCCCCCGCAAGGAUAUCCUUCACAGGGGUUUAUGUUUAUAGACUCAUCUAGGAGAAGCAGCAUAGAUGGGAGUGGUACUAAUGGAGGGAGACCAUCCUCAAGAAAGGCAGUUCAAGAUUUGGAGAAUAUAAAUAUCUCUGUUGAGCCACAAUCCGACGACGAUGAACAUAAUACUAACAAGCCACGAGCGUUUUAUUCAGAUGCGGAAAGUGAGGUUCUUGCGCAAUGUUGGAUCGAUAUUAGCAUCGAUUCAGUGGUUGGAAAUGACCAAAAGAUGGAGCAAAUGUGGAAACGCAUUACAGAAGCCUACAAUAAGAGCGGCGCGAAUGAUGCUGAUAUUAUGGAGAUGGCACAACCUGAAUACAAGCAACAUCACGGUACACAGGGUUUUAAGUACAUUGGAGUUUGGAGAAUUUUGUCGACAGUUCCCAAGUUUGUCGAAGUUCAAGGGAAUGUUCAAGCAUCUAAAAGAACGAAAAAUAGAGAAGGAGGAGCUUACACAUCAUCUUCUACAGCUGAAGAUACUACCACGAGCCGCCCAAUGGGGCAGAAAGCGGCAAAGAGGAAGGCGAAGGGAAAGGGAAAAAAAGAAGACCUCAGUGCACUGAAGGAACUUGUGAGCAAGCAUGAAGACAAUGCCUCCAAGUACAUACGUAUAAUGGAGGAGAAUGCGCGUACAAAAAAAGAGGAACAACGUGUAGAUGAGUAUAAAAUUGUAAUGAUGGACACAUCAGAUAUGACGGAAAUGCAGCGACACCUACAGAAAUUGCACUGCAAGAAGAUACUGAAAAAAUGGGAAGAUGAUAAUUAG